CGCUUCUUUAGGCAUCUCUGGCCGCAAAUGGAGUCAAGUGGGAUUCGUGGAAAUCUCCGGGACGCAGUGGGAAACGGUGACUCGUGGUCGACGGUCACCAACUACAGCGACACAGACCGGAAACCUCGUUUCGCUCCUUUCCCCGGUUCAUCGACGGCUCUCCUACGCUACCUCAGUUUCUUUUUCUUGUUUCCUUCUUCCUCCGGAACAAGGGAUAUCCUUCUCUCUUCUUACCCUUCCGCGUAGCCCUGCCACCACCAAACCCUCUCGCUUCGCGGAUCGCGCCUUCAGCUCUCGCAGGGCGAGCGGAGGAGCGGUUCCGAUCGCUUCGUGGGAUCAGAUCUAUUGCGAAUCGAGCGGUUCGUUUGGAUCUGAUCCCAUCCCCAUGCUGUCGAAUCACCUUCAGAACGGGAUCGAGACGGCGCGACUCGUAUGGUCCCGCCUGCCCAGCUCCGAGGAGGGCGAGAGAACCGAGAUCGAGUUACCCAGCCAGAGCCGUGGCGCUGAGAGCCUCGACUACGAGGUGAUCGAGAAUUACGCCUACCGGGAAGCGCAGGCACAGAGAGGAAAGCUCUGGGUUUCAUAUUAUGUAGUCCUCAAAUGGUUGUUCUCUUUAAUCAUCGGUAUCGGUACUGGUUUGGCUGCUGUGUUCAUUAAUCUGGCUGUCGAAAACUUCUCAGGCUGGAAAUAUGCUGCAACUUUCUCUAUAAUACAGCACUCAUAUUUUGUGGGUUUCUUGGUGUACAUAUUAUUCAAUUUGGGUCUGGUCUUUUCUUCCGUCUAUAUUGUAACAAAGUUUGCACCAGCUGCAGCAGGAUCUGGUAUACCUGAGAUUAAGGGUUACUUGAAUGGAGUGGACACACCUGGAAUCCUUCUUUUUAGAACAUUGAUUGGGAAGGUUUUUGGAAGCAUUGGCUCUGUUGGUGGUGGGCUUGCUCUGGGUAAAGAAGGACCCCUUGUGCAUACUGGUGCUUGUAUUGCGUCUCUUCUUGGACAGGGUGGAUCCAAAAGAUACCACUUAAGUUCCAAGUGGGUACGUGUCUUUGAGAGUGACCGUGAUCGGCGUGAUCUUGUGACCUGCGGAUGUGCAGCUGGGGUUGCUGCUGCUUUUCGAGCUCCAGUUGGUGGUGUACUCUUUGCCCUGGAAGAAGUUACAUCAUGGUGGAGAAGCCAGCUUAUGUGGAGAGUGUUCUUUACAUCUGCUGUUGUGGCUGUGGUGGUAAGAUCUGCAAUGAACUGGUGCAAGAGUGGGAAAUGUGGACAUUUUGGUUCUGGUGGCUUCAUUAUCUGGGACAUAUCAGGUGGUCAAGAAGACUACUCUUUUCAGGAAUUACUGCCUAUGGCAAUUAUUGGGGUUAUUGGUGGUCUUCUUGGAGCAUUGUUUAAUCAGCUUACUCUUUUUAUAACAAGUUGGCGACGAAAAUAUUUGCAUAAGAAGGGAAAUAGAAUCAAGAUUUUGGAAGUUUGCAUUAUAUCCCUGGUAACCUCAGUUAUUUCAUUUGGAUUGCCACUUCUGAGAAGAUGCAGUGCAUGCCCUGAUUCGGAGAUGAGUCCUGGUAUUGAAUGCCCUCGUCCACCUGGGACAGAUGGAAACUUUGUGAAUUUUUACUGUGCUAAGGAUAGUGAAUAUAAUGAUCUGGCGACAAUUUUCUUCAAUACACAGGAUGAUGCAAUACGCAAUUUAUUUAGUGCAAAAACGUUCCACGAGUACAGUGCUCAAAGCCUUGUCAUUUUUUUGGUAAUGUUUUAUUCCUUAGCAGUGGUGACAUUUGGGACUGCUGUUCCGGCUGGCCAAUUUGUCCCUGGAAUAAUGAUUGGAUCAACUUAUGGACGUCUUGUUGGAAUGCUUGUGGUGAAAUUUUACAGAAAGCUUAAUGUUGAGGAGGGAACGUACGCUCUACUUGGUGCUGCUUCAUUUCUUGGCGGUUCUAUGCGAAUGACCGUUUCUUUAUGUGUGAUUAUGGUUGAAAUCACAAAUAACUUGAAGCUGUUACCCCUUAUCAUGCUUGUUCUUCUAAUAUCAAAGGCUGUUGGUGAUUUUUUUAAUAAAGGUCUAUAUGAAGAGCAAGCCCAAUUGAGAGGCAUUCCUCUGCUUGAAUCGAGGCCAAAACUUUAUAUGCGUAACAUGACAGCCAAGGAGGCAAGCAAGAAUCAAAAGGUCGUAUCCUUCCCUCGUGUUGUUAAAGUUGGGAACAUUGUCUCUGUGUUACGUGGCAACAAGCACAAUGGCUACCCUGUAGUAGAUCAGGGGCAGAAUGGAGAGACACUCGUCAUUGGUCUCAUUCUUCGCAGUCAUUUAUUAGUACUACUACAGUCCAAGAUGGAUUUUCAAAACAGUCCUUUUCCUUGCGAUAUGAGGGGAAUCAACAGACACAACUUCAGUGAUUUUGUCAAACCUGUCUCAAGUAAAGGAAUGUCUAUUGAGGAAAUUCAUCUGACUGAGGAUGAACUUGAGCUCUACUUAGAUCUUGCCCCUUUUCUAAACCCUUCUCCCUAUAUUGUGCCAGAGGAUAUGUCUUUGGCAAAGGUGUACAAUCUUUUCCGGCAGUUAGGACUGAGGCAUAUAUUUGUCAUUCCUCGUCCUUCCCGUGUUAUAGGUUUAAUUACCAGGAAGGAUUUAUUACUUGAGGAAAGUGAUCAUUCAGCAACGACGGAACUUCAAUCAACUAGUGUAAGAUCUCAGCAUCCUCUUCUUGAUAGUCUUCUCAACCAAGAAUAAAAGCUUUUACGGUUUACAGACUCUCUUUGUUUGCAUAACACAUGCUACCUUCACGCAGAGGAGCACAAUAUACCGGUUAACUCUGAAUUUGUAAUACUUUACGUCGAUAUUUUGGUCUCUCGUUGCAUCUUUCUUUACUUUAGGGAGUGAUGGUCGCUGCAGUUGGCUGCGGCCAUCCGAUUGCCGAGAACAAAUGUAGGCUUCUAUAAGCUAGAGGUUUAUAUUAUUUGAUUCUUACUGCGAGGUAAAGGGUUCUAAAAUUCUGCAUUGUAUGUAGAACACGUUGCCCAAUAUUUUUGUUCACUCGAUGCUGUUGCCA